UUUUGGGUGGAACCAAAAUGUUUACGGGCAGAAAAUGUUUGGUGUGACGGGGUUGAGUUUAGACUGUGUGACAAAACUUUAUCGCCUGAUAACAGAAAAUAAAAUGAAAACAGUUCACUAUACACACUUCUCUUUCCUUUAACAGGACUUUGUGUUCCUUCUCAAACCACUCUUUUAACGCAGUUUUCUCCUCAGGGAAGAUCGCGACCAAGUUGGCUUGAAGUGGGCGGCAGAGUGAGGGCGUUCCCAUAAUGGACAGAGAACCUUCUAAAAUCGCUGACAACUUUGCCAGUUACUCCACUGCUGAGGAGAAUCCAGAAAUGCAUACUGGAGUUUAUCAAAGUCAAAGACCACCAAAACCAACUGAAAGUUCUGAAGAGCAGGUCAGCACACCUGAGCACACUGAGCUGUUAGACAGUAAGGAUAGUCUCUCUGGCAGAACCUCUAAAGUCAGUGGGAAUGCAGACCACACAAACAGGACAGAGGGCACAUCUGAAACUCCACUCAAUAAUUCUAGUGAAGAGGGUGACAGCAUUGAAGUUUUGGAAAAGAGGCAUCACAAUGAGGGUGAGACACCCGGAGAAGAUGACAAUCCUAAACAAAAAGGGCAGAAGAAGAAACCCAGAAAUCCAUUUAUGCCUCAAGUUGCAGCAAAGAGCAAAACGAUGCAGAAGAAAAAUGGAAACCAAACUGAAGGCAGUGACAAAGACCUUGCAGAGACUAAAGGCCACAAGAAAACCCUCAUGGAAUGGCUGGAUGAGUUCUGUAUAAGUGAAAGUCAGAGGGAGGAUGAUGAGGAUCUUGAUGGCCUUAUGGAUUGGUGGAGCACUGUGGAAAAAUGGGAGGACACACCCAAAGGAGACAACAUGACAGAGAAAGAGGAAGCCAAGGCUUUUGCAGUAACAGCUGAGAAGGUGCAGAAUGGCAUACGUGUGUUUAACAAACUCUUCUCAGAGCGAGCAGAGGGACUGUGGCAGCACGUGAUUGACCUGCAUGCCAUUGCUGAUGGUCUGGACCGCUUCAACAAGAAGACCAAGAUUGCCCAGAUCACCGGUGGCUCCACCAGUGCUUUGGGAGGUGUUGCCACCAUUACAGGCCUUGCCCUGGCACCUUUCACCAUGGGAACCUCUCUGAUCAUCACUGCAGUUGGCCUGGGUGUUGCCAUGGCAGGCGGGCUUACCUCUGCCUCUGCUGGCAUAUCUAGUACCGUCAACAACUCUUUGGAUCGCAAGAAAGUGGAGCGCAUUGUGGAAGACUACCAGGAGAAGAUGGCUGACCUAAACAAAUGCAUGAAGUUCAUCAAGCAAGGGAUCACAAACCUACGCAAGUUCAACCUGAAUAAGAUGAAAAAACAUGCGUACAAUCGAGACUUCCCUUGUUUUGACAAUAUCUAUGAGGAAGGUGCCAUGGCAGGCAAAGCUAUUCUAAUCAGUGCCAAUGAGAUUAUGCGUGUGGUGCAGGUAGCCAAUGCUGCUGGAACCACCGCAGCACGAGCUGUGCAGAUUGCUAGUGUGUCCACCGGUGUUCUGACUGGACUCUUUGUUGGGAUGGAUAUCUACUUUGUGGCAAAGGACUCCCAUGAGCUUAAAAAAGGUGCAAAGUCAGAAUUUGCUGCAAAGAUUAGAGAGGUGGCAGAUCAACUACAUGAGGGUUUGGUGGAACUUAACAGCAUCCGAGAGGAGCUGCAGUCGAGCAACUCUCCGAAAGAAAACUAAGUUUUGUCCUGACAAACCUCUGAAACAAAACUCUCUAAACGCUCUUAAUUAAAGGGUAUAUAUAUCGAUACUAGAAACCAUGAUCGGCAAUGCUUCAGUUGGCUGGUUGCUACAAUGGCCAAAGUACGAGCCCAGUGUUUCACUGCUGCGGAGAAAGAAUUAUUGCUUGAAGGAUUUGAAGUUCAAAUCCUAUUAAAACACCAGGAAACACCCCAAAAGCUGCCAAAACAAGGAAAGAGGACUGGCAAAAAGUUGCAGACAAAAUAAACGCAACCACCUCAGGACCCACUAGAACUUGGGAACAAGUAAAAGUGAAAUAUAAGAACAUUCUACAAAAUGAGCAAGAAAAAAGCGGGGGGAACAACAUGGGUGGUGGUCCUGCACCUCCACAUUAUAGAGCUGGCCCUAGGGCUAAAUGUUAACAGACCCAUUGUGCAGGGCAUCCCUGGGGGCAGCUCUUCCUCAGACCCACAGCCAGGGAGCAGUAGCAGCAAAACCUUCAUUACUGGACAGUGAAGAAACCCUUUCAGAUGGCUGUCCUUUGGAAGAAGUACCUGUAAGUGUUUAAAUAUCUUAAACUGCAUGUACUCAUGUAACUGUAAUAUUUCUCAGAGACUGCAAGAGAGGCCUAUGUCUGCUGCUGAAUCUGCACAGAAAAGUGGUACAGAGGUGAGGAAAAUAUUAGACAGAUUAUUUCUUCCUUUUUAUUCUUGAGUAAAUGUAUUAAUUUUUCCACAAAAGGCACAGGGUGACGUCCGUUCCUUAUAUAAAAGGAGUCUUGCGACAGAGAUUAAAUAUAUGGAACUUAUAAAGCAAAAACUCCUACAAAAGAUUGAAAUUGACAACUUGACAAUUGACAAACUGGAGAUAGAGUUGCUUCAGAGAGAACUUCAGAGUCAGUCAAAAAUGGUGUUCCACAGUUCUAUCCUGUGCUGCUCUUCCGCUAGGUUGGUCCAGGUGCACUGGCUGGAGGUCAUCAUCAGGCUGCACCUCCACCACAGGGGUCCUCUCUUUUCUGAUGGUGGCAAUGUUGUGUAGUACACAGCAUGGAACAAUGUCGCAGGCCCUGUCUGGUGCAACCCUCGGACUUUUCAGACACUGAAAUCUCCCCAUCAGUUGCCCGAAGGUCAUUUCAAUGUGUGCCCUUGUCCUGGGUAGAGCUGCAUUGUAACAGGUUCAUGGACUGGGGUUUGGGUAAGGGAAUGGAGUCAUGGAAUACUGCCUGCAGGCAUAGCCCCUGUCUCCAAGCAGGAUCCCAUCAAAAUCACCUGUGUAAUAGAAAAAUGCAGUUCAGUUAGGCCCAGCAUAAGUGCAUUUAAUACAGUGAGUUUGACAUUUCUAUUGUAUCUUUCCACGUUUAAAUAAUGUGCAUAAAUGUGACUCUCUGAAGAUUCUUGAGUCAUACACAGAUUCAGGCCAUUUUGCCUCUAUGUUGGUUAUAAGGCACAUCAAGUCACACACCAUCUAAGAUAUUGUAUUCAGUCCGUGUCAGUCAAUGACAUUUUACUUUUUGAUUCAAUACCUUUUAUCUUAAUAUACUAUGACAAAUCUGAAAGCUCAACAAUAUAUAUAUAUAUAUAUAUAUAUAUAUAUAUAUAUAUAUAUAUAUAUAUAUAUAUAUAUAUAUAUAUUUUUUUUUUUUUUUUUUUUUGUGGAUUUUUUCCCCUUUUUCACCCAAUUUGGAAUGCCCAAUUCCCAGUGUGCUUUUAAGUCCUCGUGGUCGUGUAGUGAUUUGCCUCAAUACAGGUGGCGGAGGAUGAAUCCCAGUUGCCUCUGCCUCUGAGACCAUCAACCCGUGCAUCAUAUCACGUGGUUUGUUGAGCACGUCGCCACGGAGACAUAGCUUCAUGGCUUCACACCAUCCACCACGGCAUCCGCGCUCAAUUCACCACGCGCCCCACCGAGAACGAACCACAUUAUAGCGACCACGAGGAGGUUACCCCAUGUGACUCUACCCUCCCUAGCAACCGGGCCAAUUUGGUUGCUUAGGAGACCUGGCUGGAGUCACUCAGCACGCCCUGGGAUUCAAACUAGCGAACUCCAGGGGUGGUAGCCAGCGUAUUUUACCACUGAGCCACCCAGGCCCCGAAAGCUCAACAAUAUUAAGAUAAUCUUAAUAGUAGCCUACCUGCGCGUUUAUACUGUGAACCCCUAUUCUGUUCACAAAAUCACCUUCAUUGGGGCCUUGAUUGGAAUGUGUGUGCAGUCUAUGUCACCAGUCACAUUUGGGAAGCCUGGGGGACACAUAAGCAAUGCUUAUUGGUGUGGUCAUAAUUGCAUGAUCUUCUAUUAGAAUGAUAAUGUACCUGCAAUGGCAAAAAAUUCUGGUUUAUAACUUGGGGUCUCAAGUGUAAAAUUUACUUGAAAAAUGUACUUGCUACACAUGCUUCAUUUACCACUUGCUUGGGAACCGGUAGAAAUAUAAACUAUCAUGCAGCGCUAAAGGAUCCAGUCUAUCCCACAUUGUGCAUUGAAUUCUGAAAGCUCGGCUGUAUUGUUCAGGCACCUUCUGCAACAGGUUGCUCUCGUAAAAAUUGAGGGGACAUGGCUGCGACAGACUUCCCGUAUCACCUACGCUUAUAAAGGCGCGAUCUAAUCCUGAUAACAUGAAAUAAGUCAGCUCCCGAGCAGGUUUGAGUUUAAGGACCUGUUGCUAUGCCAGCAACUCCGGGAUGAGCUUCGAAGAACCAAACCAUCCUGGUUCAUGUCAAAUCGUCAACAUUGAAAUUGAGUUAUCCACGGAUGAAGAACGGGCCCCUGGUAAAGAGCAUAUCCAGUUGAUAGGUUUAUAUAGGCCUAAAUAUAAUACUUUGUAUUAUUUACUAUUUAUUACAUUUAUUUAUUUAUUUUACAUGAAAUUGCCAUUAAAUGCUUUAUUGCCUAUUAUUGUUUCCUGUUCACAUUUUAUUUGUGUGUCUUAAAGGUCUUAUUGUUACCAUUAGCUGUCAUUGUUACAGAUGCUAUCUUCCUUUGAUGUAUUGAAGAAUGUAUUAAAGUAAUAUUGAGCAAA